CUGAGCCGAAGGCAGACGCUUAACGACUGCGCCACCCAGGCGCCCCUCCGCUGAUUUAUUUAACAAACAUUUAUGAUACAGAGAUGAGGAAGACAAAGUGCCUCUGUGUAAGGAGCUUACAUUUUAGCUGUUUCUCCCUGUGUCUCUCUCACCAGCCAUUUCUCCUGUGCAUAGUCUUUUUUCUUCCUCCCCUAAAAUGUUGGGUAUUUGCAAGGCUUGUGACUUUGGCCCACUACUCUUUUUCUUCUGUAUACACUGCCUUAGUGAGUACAUCAAUUGGCUUGGCUUAACUCCCUUCUACAUGCUCCCAAAUCAAAGUUGUCAGACCUUUUUUUCUGACUUUCACCCUCACCUCUGACCACCCUGCUAGACAGCUCUGCCUACAAGUCCCACAGACAGUUGAAAUUCACAAGCUUGAAACUGAACUCAGUGUCUUCCCUGAACUUGCUCUCAUCACAUAGAUCACUAAGUCCUGAUGAUUUUGCCCCCUAAAUAUUUCUCAAAUCUGUGUUCUAUUCUUCAGCCCUACUGUUGAACUACUUUAGGCACCAUCGUCUUUCAUCUGGAAUAUGAUGGCCUUCUGACUGAUUUCCCCACCUCCAGUCCUGUUCCCCAUAUGUCUUCUCACAUGAGGUUUUAGUAAUGAUGCGGGUGUGCUGGUUGGUGAGACAGGAUAACCGGCACCAACGAAUCAAACUUCCACAUUUGGAAGCAGUCAUGGUUGGGCGUGGUCCAGAAACCAAGAUCAUUGACAAGAAAUGUUCUCGACAGCAAGUACAGUUGAAAGCAGAGUGUAACAAAGGAUAUGUCAAGGUGAAGCAGGUAGGGGUCAAUCCCACCAGCAUUGACUCAGUCAUAAUUGGGAAGGACCAAGAGGCGAAGCUGCAGCCUGGCCAGGUUCUCCACAUGGUGAAUGAACUUUAUCCAUAUAUUGUAGAGUUUGAGGAAGAGGCAGAGAGCCCUGGCCUGGAAACACACAGGAAGAGAAAGAGGUCAGGCAACAGUGAUUCUAUAGAAAGGGAUGCUGCCCAGGAAGCUGAGUCCUGUAUAGGACUGGAACCUAGGAGUGACCCUAGCCAAUUCUCUGUGCCCUCAAAGAAGGGGAAAGAUGCAUCUACCAGAAAGGAAUCAUUGGGCCACUGGAGUCAAGGCUUGAAAAUCUCUAUGCAGGAUCCCAAAAUGCAGGUUUACAAAGAUGACCAGGUGGUGGUGAUUAAGGAUAAAUACCCCAAGGCUCGUUACCACUGGCUGGUCUUACCAUGGGCUUCCAUUUCCAGUCUGAAGGCUGUGACCAGAGAACACCUUGAGCUCCUCAAACACAUGCACACUGUAGGGGAAAAGAUGAUCGCAGAUUUCGCUGGGUCCAGCAAACUCCGCUUCCGAUUGGGCUACCAUGCCAUUCCCAGCAUGAGCCAUGUACACCUUCAUGUGAUCAGCCAGGAUUUUGAUUCUCCUUGCCUUAAAAACAAAAAACAUUGGAAUUCUUUCAAUACAGAAUACUUCCUAGAAUCACAAGCUGUGAUAGAGAUGGUACAGGACACUGGCAGAGUGAGUGUCCGAGAUGGCAUGCCUGAGCUCCUGAAGCUGCCCCUCCGUUGUCAUGAGUGCCAGCAGCUGCUGCCUUCCAUUCCUCAGCUGAAAGAGCAUCUCAGGAGGCACUGGCCAAAGUGAUUCUGCGGAGCCUGAACUUUUGCAGCAGGUGUGGCUGAUUGUUUAGAGCAAAUUCCUGGCACCUGUUCUGGAUUGCCUGUGAACUUUUAUUUCUUGAAUUAAAACAUGCAGCUUUUUUUUUUUUUAAACAAAACAAAACAAAACAACAGAGCCUCUUCUGUUCCUGAGUGGCUACAAUAUGGGGUGACUUGAAGUAGUUUAGGAAUUAGGAAUUUGUUUGUCAUGGAUGUGUUCUUUGGUGAUGGUGGCUGGGACAGGCCUGACCCCUCAGUCUCCAGGACCCAUGUCAGGUCUGAUUAAUGGGGGGCAAAGCCAUGUUCAAACUGACCUAAUGCAAGAUAUGGAAGAGGGUGGGCUAUAUAUUUCUGUCCAUAGAUUUAAUCCUCUCUCCCCAGAGGCAUGUGGUGCCCUUCAUCAGAGCAGCUAGAGAGGUCUCAUAUUUAUCCUGAAGGCACUAAUUGGUCUUGUUCUUUGAUCUUAAUCUAUUCUGUAAUAUUCAUUCUCAUUCCUUUCUUCAUGGAGAAACUUAGUUGCUUCUGCCCUUUCAUUCCUUUCUACCCCAAACCACCCAUGCUCCCUUCUUAGGAAAUGUGUCUCACCAGUUCUUAUUUGCUUUAAGCAAACAGGCUAGAUGAGGGGGUGGAGAGAUGGGGUUUUCUGGUUCCUGGCUGGUGAGGAAUACUUGGCCAAAUGUUCAUCACGGUUCAGCUGUAAAGUCUUCUUGCUGGUCUGCAUGAAUCUUUCGUCUGAAAAUAAAGUUUAUUUGUUUGGGGCAGCUCUCAGGUAGUUGGAAACUGUUGGGAGUUCAGGUAACAGUCACAGACUGAGUUCUGAUGCAUGCAGAGGUCGCUGUUGAUGGAAAAGUUGCACAGAACCCCGUAGCUUCAUUUUUCACUCAGAACAAAUUUGGAUGGCACUAUUGGAGCAAGUCGGUUUUUGAAUAAUGUCAGAACUGAAAGUAGAGGGAAAUUUAAAAUGUUUUUGAUUACAUUGGUGAUCUGUUUGAGGAUGUGACUCUUUUUGCUCUUGAGUUAAGGAAAAAAAAAAAGAAUACACUUAAUAAUAAUUUCCCUCUGGAGAAAACCUCAAUCCAUAGAGACCACAUUUGACCUCAGUCUUUCACAAACAAACAAGAUGCUACAGUGGUUUCUUGGUGAGCAUGGUUAUAGUCACAAUUAGCAUAAUUAAUGAUUACGGCAGCUAACACUUGCUCAACUCCUGUGUGUCUGGCCAUUAUGCUAAAUACUUUGUUCAAAUCAUCUCAUUUAUUUCUCACUGUGUGUAAUUCUAUGGGGUAGGUACCAUUGUUAUGACCCUUUAAAGCAUAAAAAUUUAAUAAUCUAUAAAGGUUGCUGGGCUUCAAAGUUUAUCUUGGUUCUGGUGCGUCAAACUCAUUUUCCCUAUUAGCUGAAGAAUAUAAAUGUAUUACUAACCAGUAGGAGCCAUAGACCCCCAGGGGCCUUUGGCCUGUGCUGACCAAAAGCUCUCCGUGGCAUUUCAAUGAUUUCUCUGAGGACUGUCAGUUCCUUUAAAGGCCCUUUUCCACAUCUGAUGCCUUAAAGCCCCUAGAAACCCUAGGAUACUUUCUAAAGGUAUACUCCGUGGAUGCCUGAGAUCAGAAUUGCUAGUUUCAUUUUGCAGCCUGUAAAUACCUGGGCUCUACCCCAGAACUACUGAAUCAUAAUCCCUUGGGCCUAGGAAUAUGUAUUAUAAAACAAAUGUUCAGUGGGUGCCUGGGUGGCUCAGUUGGUUAAGUGCCUGACUCUUGAUUUUCUCUUGGGUCAUUAUCUCAGGGUCGUGAGAUCGAU